AUGAACAAACUGUACAUCGGGAACCUGCCCGAGGGCGUCACGGCGGCCGAGCUGGAGCGGCUGUUCGCCGAGCAGCAGAUCCCCUUCAGCGGCCGCUUCCUCCUCAAGCCCGGCUAUGCCUUUGUGGACUGCCCCGACGAGCAGUGGGCCAUGAAAGCCAUCGAAACUUUCUCGGGGAAAGUGGAGCUCCAUGGGAAGCAGCUGGAGAUCGAACACUCGGUGCCCAAAAAGCAAAGGAGCCGGAAAAUCCAGAUCCGGAACAUUCCGCCGCAGCUGCGAUGGGAGGUUUUGGACGGGCUGCUGGCCCAGUACGGCACCGUGGAGAGCUGCGAGCAAGUGAACACGGACAGUGAGACCGCCGUGGUGAACGUCACCUACGCCAACCGGGAGCAGACCCGGCAAGCCAUCCUGAAGCUCAACGGGCACCAGCUGGAGUCCCACGCGCUCAAGGUCUCCUACAUCCCGGACGAGCAGCCCGAGAACGGGCGGCGCGGCGGCACCGGGACUCGCACCGGGGCCCGUUCGGGGUCCCCGCCGCCCUCCGGGGCCGCCCCGAAGCCGCCGCCGCCCCCGGACGUGCCCCUGCGGCUCCUGGUGCCCACCCAGUUCGUGGGGGCCAUCAUCGGCAAGGAGGGGGCCACCAUCCGCAACAUCACCAAGCAGACCCAGUCCAAGAUCGACGUGCACCGGAAGGAGAACGCGGGCGCGGCCGAGAAGGCCAUCAGCAUCCACUCCACGCCCGAGGGCUGCUCGGCCGCCUGCCGGAUGAUCCUGGACAUCAUGCACAAGGAGGCCAAGGACACCAAGACGGCUGAGGAGGUCCCCCUGAAGAUCCUGGCCCACAACAACUUCGUGGGGCGCCUGAUCGGCAAGGAGGGCCGGAACCUGAAGAAGGUGGAGCAGGACACGGAGACCAAGAUCACCAUCUCCUCGCUGCAGGAGCUGACCCUGUACAACCCCGAGCGCACCAUCACGGUGAAGGGCUGCCCCGAGAGCUGCUGCCGCGCCGAGCAGGAGAUCAUGAAGAAAGUGCGCGAGGCCUACGAGAACGACGUGGCCGCCAUGAGCCUGCAGUCCCACCUCAUUCCCGGUUUGAACCUGGCCGCCGUCGGGCUCUUCCCGGCCUCCUCCACGGCCGUGCCGCCACCCCCGAGCGGCGUCUCUGGGGCCGCUCCCUACAGCUCCUUCCUGGUGACCUCAGGAUGGGCAGUGACCCUGGCCCCGUCCCGCCCGCAGCCCCCCGAGCAGGAGACCGUGCACGUCUUCAUCCCGGCGCAGGCGGUCGGGGCCAUCAUCGGCAAGAAGGGGCAGCACAUCAAGCAGCUCUCGCGCUUCGCCAGCGCCUCCAUCAAGAUCGCGCCGCCGGAGCCGCCGGACUCCAAGGUGCGCAUGGUGGUGAUCACCGGCCCGCCCGAGGCGCAGUUCAAGGCACAGGGCAGGAUCUACGGGAAGCUGAAGGAGGAGAACUUCUUCGGGCCCAAGGAGGAGGUGAAGCUGGAGACGCACAUCCGCGUGCCGGCCUCGGCCGCCGGCCGCGUCAUCGGCAAGGGCGGCAAGACCGUGAACGAGCUGCAGAACCUGACGGCGGCCGAGGUGGUGGUGCCGCGGGAGCAGACCCCCGACGAGAACGAGCAGGUCGUCGUCAAGAUCAUCGGGCACUUCUACGCCAGCCAGAUGGCGCAGCGCAAGAUCCGGGACAUCCUGGCGCAGGUGAAGCAGCAGCACCAGAAGGGCCAGAGCCAAUCCCGCAGGAAAUAGGGACCCCCCGGAGCCCAAAUCCCGGGAAAACGAGGACACGGCAUGGCCGGGCCGGGCUCCGAGUGCCGGGGAAUCAGCGACCGCA